AUGUCACAACAGGCCACAGCAGCGGACAACGAGUUCCUCCAGCGCUCGAUCGGGACGCGCGGGUUCGGCUCCAAAGCGAACAUCACCAACAAGAUCAUCUUCGUGUCGCACGACCCGGUGCCCGAGAUCAACGCAAAGGGCGGGCGCACCGUCCCGACGCCGUGGAAGGCAGUCUACGCGGGCAAGGUGACAGCCGACUGGUGUAACCCCUUCGGCACGAUGCACGGCGGCUGCGCGGCGUGGCUCACCGACGAGCUGACGUGCUCGGCUGUCGAGUACCUCUCCACGCCGGACUGGUGGGGCGAGCCGACCCCGGGCGGGGUGAGCCUCAACAUCGACACGACGUACUACUAUGCCGUGCCGCAGGGCGCCAACCUCCGCAUCGUGGUCACGAUCGACCGCAUCAGCGGCACGCUGGCGAAUGUCCAGGCCGAGUUUACCGACGCCGACAGCGGCUUGGUGUACGUUAUCGGCAAGCACAUCAUUGCGUGGCGUGCGGCCAAGAAGAAGAGCGCAAAGUUGUAG